GAUGUAAUUGAAGAUGUUUUGUUUGUUGUUUGGUUGAAAAUCUUGAAAAAUUAGGGUCAGCGGAAGAGGAUUGGAAGACGAUUGGAGUAAUUAGUGUGCUUGAACAGUGAACAGUGCGUUUUUCGGAUAGUGAUGUUCUGGCUCCCUAAAUUUUGUGAAUUAUACAUUCUUAUUGAAUUUCAUACAUAGGGCGGAUUCUACCGUGAACCCCCAUUUUGGUGGUUCACCGGUGAACUAUUUUAUUAUUUCAUUAAUAUGAUUAAAUAACAAUUGAAUAUCAAUAGAAGAAAAAUAAGAUUUGUGAGCUGUUAAUUUUUAUUUUUUUUCUAAUAAAUUUCGAUCGAUUAAAAGAAUUAAGCUUAUGUUUAGUUGAUUUUUCAGAUAGGAAAUAGAGUGGGCAUUCCUAAUUUUAUAAUCGAUGAGUUAGGGUUUUAGUGUCCCAAAAUGGUCUGUUACGCGUGUAAAGUGUGUAGAGAACCGUGAUUCCGCGUGCGUCGUUUCAAUCCAUCGUCCUCUCUUUUUUGCCUCUCUCUACACAGCUACCCUUUAACUCUCUCGUACCCUUGCUCCCUUUGUGCUCUCCAUCUAUCACCCUGAUUCCGUGAAAUCAAACCACCUUGAUCGUUGCGCUGUCACUGACCAGCCAACUUUGGAAAUGAGUCUCUAUCUCUUGACCCUGCAUUUUCUCUCUCUGGAAAUGGUGCUGCCUCUGCCAUUGUUCUAGAUGCUUUUGAUAGAUACGAAGGGAUCUUAUUCAAGGAAUGUGACAUGUUCAUUUUUCUCAGAACACUCAUGCCUGUCUAUGUUGUUUCCCAGAUGAGCAUCAUGUUCAUUCCCACAGUGGAAGAGCUUCAACUUGGAGUGGAUGAAAGAAAGCUACAAUUUGUUCGUUUCAAGACCCUCAUCUCACGCUCUAAAUCCCUGCCAUGAAUCCCAUUCUGAAAGCAACGUCUUUCAGCAAUCAUACCCUUCACAACCUUGCCCGUCUCUAUGCUGCACGUAAUCAAAUCGAACUUGCUCGUCGUGUGUUUGAUCAAAUUCCAAAGCCAAGUAUUGUUUUGUGGAACACCAUGAUCCGAGCUUAUGCUUGGACUGGCCCUUUUCAACAUUCAAUUCAUUUGUACCAUCGCAUGUUGCAACUUGGAGUGACACCCACCAACUUCACCUUCCCUUUUGUUCUCAAAGCUUGUUCAGCUCUGCAGGCAAUUCAAGUUGGCAGACAAAUACAUGACCAUGUCCUCACUCUUGGCCUGCAAACCGAUGUCUAUGUUUCUACCGCCUUGCUUGACAUGUAUGCCAAAUGUGAGAAUUUGUUUGAUGCACAAACAAUAUUUGAUAGUAUGUCCCACAGGGAUAUUGUCGCUUGGAAUGCCAUCAUUGCUGCCUUUUCACUUCAUGCUCUUCACAAUCAAACAAUGCACUUAGUUGUUCAAAUGCAACAAGCGGGAAUAGCACCUAAUUCUUCUACUCUUGUAUCUCUUUUACCUACAGUUGGACAAGCUAAUGCCUUACGCCAGGGGAAGGCUAUUCAUGCUUACUCUGUUAGGAAAAUCUCCACUCAUGAUGUCAUUCUUGCGACUGGGCUUUUGGAUAUGUAUGCUAAGUGCCAUCACUUAUCUUAUGCUCGCAAAAUCUUCAAUGCCGUGAACCAAAAGAACGAGAUAUGCUGGAGUGCUAUGAUUGGGGGAUAUGUUAUUUGUGACUCCAUGAGAGAUGCUUUGUCCCUUUAUGAUGACAUGAUACAUAUGCAUUGCUUGAACCCUACUCCAGUUACUCUUGCAAGCAUACUUCGAGCAUGUGCAAACCUCACUGAUCUGAAUAAAGGGAAAAACUUGCAUUGUUACCUGAUUAAAUCAGGUAUAAAUUCAGACACAACAGCGGGAAACUCACUGAUAUCAAUGUACGCCAAGUGUGGGAUCAUGGACGAUGCACUUGGGUUUCUUGAUGAAAUGGUCACAAAAGAUACAGUUUCUUAUAGUGCUAUCAUUUCAGGAUGCGUGCAAAAUGGCUAUGCAGAGAAAGCUAUACUUAUUUUUCGCCAGAUGCAGUCAUCUAGGAUCUACCCAGAUUCUGCUACCAUGAUAGGUCUACUUCCUGCAUGUUCACAUUUGGCCGCUCUACAACAUGGGGUCUGCUGCCAUGGAUACUCAGUCGUUCAAGGGUUCACUGCAAAUACCUCUAUUUGUAAUGCUAUAAUUGACAUGUAUGCAAAGUGUGGAAAGAUUCAUAUCAGUCGGCUAGUUUUUGAUAGUAUGAAUAAGAGGGAUAUUGUUUCGUGGAAUACAAUGAUAUUUGGUUAUGCCAUUCAUGGGCUAUACAUAGAAGCAUUUUCAUUGUUCUGUGAAUUACAGGCGUCAGGCUUCAAGCUGGAUGAUGUAACCUUUAUUGCUGUUUUAUCUGCAUGUAGCCAUUCAGGACUUGUCAUGGAAGGGAAAUAUUGGUUUAAUACCAUGAGCCAAGACUUCAACAUCUCACCAAGGAUGGCACAUUAUAUAUGCAUAGUUGACCUCCUGGCCCGAGCCGGAAACUUGGAUGAAGCAUAUUCCUUUAUUCAAAGAAUGCCAUUUGAGGCUGAUGUUCGUGUAUGGAGUGCAUUGCUUGCUGCAUGUAGGACCCACAAAAAUAUUGAAAUGGCUGAACAAGUGUCAAAGAAGAUUCAGCUGCUCGGACCGGAAGGUACUGUAAAUUUUGUUCUUAUGUCUAACAUCUAUAGUUCUGUAGGAAGAUGGGACGAUGCAGCCCAUAUUAGAAGCAUACAAAGGCAUCAAGGUUACAAGAAAAGCCCAGGAUGCAGUUGGAUUGAGAUCUCUGGGGUAAUCCAUGGAUUUAUUGGUGGGGAUCGAUCCCAUCCACAGUCAGCAUCCAUAGAUAACAAAUUACAGGAACUGUUGGUGCAGAUGAAAAAAUUGGGAUAUCGGGCAGAUUCUGGUUUUGUUCUCCAUGAUGUUGAAGAAGAGGAGAAGGAGCAGAUUCUCCUUUACCAUAGCGAAAAAAUAGCCAUUGCAUUUGGAAUUCUUAAUACCAGUUCCAGCGACCGCAUUCUAGUUACAAAAAAUCUGCGUAUAUGUGUUGACUGCCAUACUGCAAUAAAAUUUAUGACUCUUAUAACAAAGAGGGAGAUAACAGUAAGAGAUGCAAGUCGAUUUCAUCAUUUUGAGAAUGGAAUCUGCAAUUGUCGGGAUUUCUGGUGAGAAAAAGAAAGUGUGGAGUUGCAGGUCUAUCCAUCGAAUACUAGCAGGCCAGUCUCUGAAACCUAGCAAACCAGAAUUUGGGCCUUUCUAUUUAUCUGUGGUAACGACUAUAAUUCCUAACGAGUGAUUCUCUGUAAAUUGAAGUCUUCAAUAUGAUUAUAUGAACGUCACAAAACAUUUGCUAUAUGUUUCCAAUUCCAUUCUUGCUAUGUAGCUUUUCAUCUCACUUCAAUGAUACUAAAGGUCCAUAAAAAUGAGAUACGCUACAAGCAGUAUAGUAUGACUAUAUAUCAUUGCUAGGUACUCUUUGAAGAAAAUAGUUAAUUGAUACAACAGUUGGCAUUACCACUGGCAGCUUGCCCUUUGUGGUUUUAUCAAGAAUUAACUAUUCUUUCUGUAGUUAUUAAAAUUGUUUUUGCUUUGUAAAAACACUUUGUAAUUUGAUCAAGGUCCACUACUAUGUAUUUCUUUUGGACUCUGAGUAGAAGAGAUGGUGAGGCUUGCUGCUGACUUAUUAUGGAAAAGCCCUCAUUUAUUCAAUGCAAUUAAAGAGGGUGAAUUAGGUCUUUGAGGAAUUCCUAUCCCCCUUACUCUUUC